GAAAUCCUUUUCGUGUCUUCGAGUUCCUUCGCCCUUCCAACGUCGGACGAACAGGAACUGCUUUUGGGUCUUCGUUCCACAGAACGUCGAGAGAUCAUCCACGUUAAAAGUAGCAAAUCUGCGUAGUUGUUCAUAAUGAUUUACACGGCAAUUGAUACAUUCUACCUGACGGAUGAGCAGUUAAAAAACUCACCAUCUAGAAAAGAUGAAAUUGAUGAAGCUACAGAAACAACACUUAGAAUUUAUGGAUGUGAUCUCAUUCAGGAAAGCGGCAUUUUGCUCAGAUUACCUCAGGCAGUAAUGGCAACGGCCCAAGUUCUAUUCCAUCGUUUCUACUGCAAGAAGUCAUUUGCUCGCUUUAAUGUGAAGAGGGUCGCUGCUAGUUGUGUUUGGCUUGCCUCAAAGCUGGAGGAAAGCCCCAGGAAAGCAAAGCAUGUUCUCAUGGUAUUCCAUAGGAUGGAAUGUCGGAGGGAGAAUUUACCUAUAGAGCAUUUGGAUGUCUUUUCCAAGAAAUAUUCAGAGUUGAAGAUGGACUUGAACAGAACAGAGAGGCACUUAUUGAAAGAGAUGGGUUUCAUCUGUCAUGUCGAACAUCCUCAUAAGUUCAUAUCGAACUACCUUGCCACACUCGAAACACCAGCAGAGCUGAGGCAGGAGGCUUGGAAUCUUGCAAAUGAUAGGUACUUAGCUGGAUGAAUUUCUUCUUUAAGUAAUUUGUUGUUACUAAAUCAUAUUCACCUUCUUUUAUACCAUCUUACACUGAUUGAAAUGAUAUUUUAAGUGUAGUAAUUUUUUUAUGAGCCAUUCAGAUUUGAGUGUGAAAUUCUUUCAACUUUCAACCCGAGAGCAUAUGGUCUGAGUAACAGUUGCUUCCACUUUUCCUGUUAAAAUUGUUGCAGUGGAUUAUGUUAUUGUUCUGUUGUAGAUGAAGUGAACAUUGGAAUGUCAAAGAUUUGCAGGAUUGCAUUUGUUCUUGUCCUGUUGUCCCGUUAUCUUCUUGGAACUUGAAAAUGAUGAUUGAAGGCAGCCUUUACCCUGUGACAUGUGAUGCUUUACUAGGAAGGAAUAUAGCAUUUAUCUAAGUAUAAAAACUUUCAACUUCCCAUACGUAAGUCUACUAACAAGUGUCUAUCGGGCAUUGGUGCAGAUUUAAUGAAUCUGAGCACGGUUGUAAUUGAAGGUGGCCUAUUGCUAUAUGGGGAUGAUUGAUGAAAAAUGAAACGAAUGGGUUGUGCGAUUAAAGUUUGUGACGUUGAAGUUCGAUGAUGGCUUAUCAUAAGCUUUUGAGGGAACAGCUGAAAA